AUGCACCAUCGUAUUUAGACGAGAGAGCUGACAAAUGGUUAGCAGUUGUUCGCUAGGACUUCUUGUUUAGCACAGUAAAGUCUAAGUGUUUGAACUCUUUAUAGUGACCUAAUAUUUUUUUCAGGCACAGAGAUGUAAACAUGAUUGGAUUUCACGGUACGGAGACGUAUAACUUUAGUGUAAGAUAAGCGCUUAUAGUUGAUAAGUAAUGUUAGUUAGCUAACUUAGUUUCUAUUAUUCAACCAAGCUAACGUUAGCAGCACGCUUUGGGCAAUUAUUUAUCAGCUUUUCUAAGGUAGCUAGAAUUGACGAAACAUGCCAAAUACAUAACGCAUUCAUAAGGCAUUCAUAAACAAAGGAAAUGUCAGUGUAAGGCCCAUAAAAACUUUAAAUGAACUUGCUUUUAAGAACCUAUCUUGAACAAGCUCUCGUUGAGGUACACAGGCGCAUGCAGAGCUGUGUUUAUCUUUUGAUAACUAACUUAAGCUGCACCGAUUAACUCAUCUGCUGUCCAUAGAGUAUAAAACACAUAAUGCCUUGACAGUUCACAUGGUUUGUAGGAAUUAACUCCCUUGUACAGUUAGGUUAGCAGUUAUUCGCCAUGGCAAGUGCCUUAGCAGCGAAAAUGGGAUUUAACUCACUGAUGAGAAGACAAGCUAGAAGUUUCAACGUCAGGAUCUGCACCAUGGAGUCAGACAUGGAGUUCAGCUGCGAGGUCAAGUGGAAAGGUAAAGAUCUUUUUGACUUGGUAUGCCGAACUCUGGGACUGAGGGAGACGUGGUUCUUUGGGCUCCGGUACAACAUCAAGGACACAGUUGCUUGGCUGAAGAUGGAAAAGAGGGUUCUAGAUCAGGAGGUACCAAAGGAGGAACCAAUUAUCUUUCAUUUCUUGGCCAAGUUUUACCCUGAAAAUGCUGAAGAGGAGCUAGUGCAAGAUAUCACACAGCAUCUCUUCUUCCUACAGGUGAAGAGGAAGAUCCUUGAAGAAGAGAUACACUGUCCACCAGAGGCGUCUGUGCUGUUGGCCUCUUACGCCGUCCACGCCAAGUACGGAGACUACGACCCAAACGUCCACAAACCUGGCUUCCUGGCUCAGGAGGAACUGCUGCCAAAGAGGGUGAUUAACUUGUACCAGAUGACUGCAGAAAUGUGGGAGGAGAGAAUCACGGCGUGUUAUGCAGAGCACAGGGGCAGAACAAGGGAUGAAGCUGAGAUGGAGUAUUUAAAAAUAGCUCAGGACCUGGACAUGUAUGGCGUCAAUUACUUUUUAAUCAGGAAUAAAAAGGGAACAGAUCUUCUUCUGGGAGUGGACGCCCUGGGUCUGCAUAUCUAUGACCCAGACAACAGGCUGACACCCAAGUGCUCCUUCCCUUGGAAUGAGAUCCGCAACAUCUCCUACAGCGACAAGGAGUUUACCAUCAAACCUCUGGACAAGAAAACAAAUGUUUUCAAGUUCAACUCUUCACGUCUGAGAGUCAACAAGUUGAUCCUUCAGCUGUGUAUAGGGAACCAUGACCUGUUUAUGCGCAGGCGGCGGGUCGACUCACUUGAAGUACAGCAGAUGAAGGCUCAGGCCAGAGAGGAGAGGGCCCGAAAACAGGUAGAGAGGCAACGUCUGCAAAGGGAGAAGCAGAUGCGGGAGGAGGCAGAGAGAGCCAGGGAUGAGCUGGAAAGGAGGCUGAUUCAGAUGCAGGAUGAGGCCCACAUGGCCAACGAGGCACUGCUGCGUUCAGAGCAGACGGCGGACCUGCUGGCUGAAAAGGCCCAGAUCGCGGAGGAGGAGGCCAAGCUGCUGGCCCAGAAAGCUGCCGAGGCUGAGACAGAGAUGCAGCGCAUCAAAGUGACAGCCAUCCGUGGCCAGGAGGAGCGGCGGCUCAUGGAGCAGAAGAUGCUGGAGGCAGAGAUGCUGGCCCUCAAGAUGGCUGAGGAAUCAGAAAGGAGAGUCAAGGAGGCUGAGCAGCUGAAGCAGGACCUGCAGGAAGCCAAGGAGUCGGAGCGCAGGGCAAAGCACAAGCUGCUGGAGAUUACGAGCAGGGCUGUCUAUUCGGCUCCUGGACUGCCGCCUGACAGCAUGCCUCCCGACCUGAGCUUCAGCAGGGAAAACCUCAGCUUUGACUUUAAAGAUACCGACAUGAAACGUCUCUCCAUGGAGAUUGAGAAGGAGAAGGUCGAGUACAUGGAGAAGAGCAAGCACCUGCAGGAGCAGCUCAAUGAGCUGAAGACCGAGAUUGAAAGCCUAAAGCUGAAGGAUAGGGAGACUCCUCUAGACAUCAUUCACAACCAGAACGCCGAGCAGGGGACCAGCAAGCACAGCAACUUUAAAAAGCUCACACUACAGAGCACCAAGUCCAGGGUGGCUUUCUUUGAGGAACUCUGAACUACAUACCUGUAAAGACGGAGAUGCACAACUGCCAAGAACCUCACGACUCUACAUUCCUGGUCAGUUUAAACGAUUGGCCACACUACAAAGCCUUAUGCUUCACUUCCUGAGAGGCACUGUGAGACACUACGGACAGAAAAAAAUGACCACUGCCUUGAUCUGCACCACCUCCAUGUGCCGCAACUGUGCGCUCAAACAAGGCCACAUGCAUAAUGUUCCUGCACUAAAUCUGGGAUUCGUGAAAAAAAUGUGUGUGUGUUUACAGUACGAGUGUGUGGAAUAGAGCACAUUGUCCUUGAAUGUUUUGAAGUGAACUUGGGUGGGGAUUUCAUUCAUGUCAUAGAACAAAGGUAGACAAUGCAAAAAGAAAAAAAAAUGUUUUUUGACCAUGCUGUAUCCAGUCUGGCUCUGAUGAGUUAGUAUUUGUGCAGUUUAGAAUGGUUAUUAUGUCAUGUCCAAAUGACCUACAUAGUUUGUAUGCCAGACUGUUUUGAAAUUCAAAGAGAAAUAAACCACUAAGGGAUAAAGUUUAAAAACAAAAUGAAUUGAUUGUAUUAUACUAUAUCAUAUGACUGAUAUGCUGGCCUUACUCUGACCUAAAUAUUUGAUAUUUAGUAGUUCUAGGCAGCAAAAUACUGUGUUGUCCUAGACUUGCGUCUGCUUUAACUCUGGCCAUUUGGUUUAUGAUGCCAGCAAACUCCUGCAUAUCAUAUAUUCUUUCUUCCCUUAAUGAGUUCAUGCUCCCUUAGUUUUCUGGUUUCAGUGGAAAGUUUAAAUGAAAAAUGUCAUGUGCAAGCAGCAAAACGGGGCAUUUCUUUGCCACAGCACAUGAAAACAACCAUUUCUUACUAACCCUGGGAGCUGAUGGGCUGUGGUGGGUAUUACAUGCAACAACACAAAAAUCCACUGUUGUGUUGCUAACAGUCCAUUUGUAUUGGUUGUGCUUUUUUUAAAUUUCACAAUUUGUGCCCAUGUUUGUGCCUUUAUGCAACUUUUUUUAUGGUGAAUAUAGACAAAGUGUUGCACAUGAGGCCUUAGAAUCAGUGGUUACAUCUCCUAAUAUGUACACAGACAAGUUACAUAUUGUAUCUGUGACUGCCUCAAGCAGUUCAACACUUGAUUAGGGUGUCCUUAUGAAAGACACCCAGUGCACUACGCUCUUCUCUCAAAAAUGAGGAGACGAUAUAACUUUGUUAUCCGUUGUACCAGGUGAUUCUUAGAGGAAUUUGAACUGGAUGAAGGAACUGUGAUUCUUGGAUGUGAGAUUUUGUUACAUCUAUCAUCUGUCUCAGUUUUUCUUUUUUUUUUUUUGUGAAGACAACCACUUUUUCAUAACAUGAAUUUGCAUCUAUUUUGAAUUAAUGCAUCUUUUUUGAAUUAAUGUGCUCUUUCCCUCUGAAAGCAAUUUAUUUUGGGAAAUUAUAAGAUGAAGAAAAUACAGUAGUUUUUCUUGCUGUCUGCAUUUAACAGUAAUAAUAAGCAGUAUUUAAAAUGAAACUCUGGGUGAAGUUAAAAUACCUAUAUUACUAUGUCUACAUUUUCUCAGAAACUUUGUAACAUGUAUGUUAGUUACCUGUGGAAUAAAUGAAUAUCAGGUCUUA